GCUAAUAGCACUGGAGUGAAAGUGAGAGAGUGAUAGUCAAAGAGGGUGCAGGAGAACUAAAUGGGCUGAUAGGAGGAAGCCAGUGAGUUAAAGAAGCAAAGGAUGGGGUUAAAGUAAGAGAAGAGAAUAGAAAGUGGAAGAAAAGUUCAUCCUGGAAUGAACUAGACUAUCACAGCCGACGGGGGAGGAGAACAAGAAAGUGUCUCACACCCACUUUUCAGAUCAUCAAUAUGUGUGUGUGAGUGUGUGUGUAACUUUAAGUACCAAAGGAAAAUUGGGUCAGUGAGAGAGGAGAGGGAGAGGCAUGUGUUAGAGGAGGAGAGGCACACUGGGAGAGCAACAGAGAAAUGGAGAGAAAUCCUUAGCAGCCCUUGAACUCCAAUAACAAGUGGUCACUUGAGCAAUCACUGGUGAUUCAGAGAGAAAUACACCUUUCUAAUAAUGACGAGCCUCCCCAAAGAGCCACCCGAGGAUGCCAACAAGCAGAGCUUCUGGAUGCCAGGGAACUAUGUACAUACAGUUCACAGAACUGACCAGUGCUUCCAGGCCUGCAAUGACAUUGUGGCCUGCUUAAGGGAGAGAGCAAAGGUAGAGAAACAAUACGCCCAGCAGCUCAGUCAGUGGAGCAGCAAGUGGAAGUCCAUUGUGGAUUCCCGGCCACUUUAUGGCUCCCUCAUGAAGGCGUGGCAGUGUUUCUUCACCUCCACUGAGCGUCUGUCUGAACUCCACUCCUCCAUCUCUCAGUCUCUCAUCACAGAGGAUGGGGAACGAGUGAAGACCUGGCAGAAAGAGACCUUUCCAAAAAAAAUCUUCUGUGGGUUCAAGGAGAGCUAUGACAACAAAACAAGUUUUUCAAGGGCUCAGAAACCAUGGUCCAAAAAGCUGUUGAAGCUGGAGAAGGCCCAAGCUGCAUAUCAUAAGUCUUGUCAGAAGGAACAAGCAGCUCUCGAUAAAGAAAAGCAAGCAAAUGAUAAUUCUGAGAUCAGUCCAGAGAAAAAGCAGAAGAUUGUGGAAGCCAGAGAGAAGGCCACAGAAGAGAAAGUAAAGGCUAAAGAGCGCUACGAGAGCAUGCUGGAGGAUGUGACAUCCUACACACCUCGGUACAUGGAGGAGAUGGAAGCCAUUUUUGAACAGUCACAAGAGGAGGAGAGGAAAAGGAUCAGCUUUCUGAAGCAGGCUUUCCUCUCCAUCCACAGACAUCUGGACAUCACCAACAAUGAGAGUGUGAAGGCAGUGUACAGUGAACUCCACAACACUCUGAUGUCCAUCAGUGAGCAGGAAGAUGUCAAAUGGUGGAAGAAUCACCAUGGUCCCGGCAUGCCCACCGACUGGCCGAAGCUUGAGGAGUGGGUCCCACCGGUAAAAAAGCUAAAAAGAAAGAAGAAACAUCAGAGAGGAAAAGAGAGCCGACCUGUGAUGAUCGGGGGUGUGAAGGUGCGAGCUCUGUACGACUACACGGGAGAGGAGGGUGAUGAGCUGUCCUUUAAAGCAGGUGAAGUGUUCCUGAAGGUCGAGGAGGAGGACGACCAGGGCUGGUGUCGAGGUGUACUGAACGGAGGGAAGGAGGGCUUCUACCCAGCCAAUUAUGUUGAAGUUAUUGAGUGACAUCACUUUCAUAAAUGUAUUUCUUACAAGGUUUUUAAGUCGUCUAAAAAUAACUGUUAUUAUCAUUUAACGUCUAAGAUGUUGUUACACUGUGUGUGUCUGAGUUAAUAUCAGAUAUAAUCUACCAAAGGUAAAAGUUUAAGGCCUUAAUAUUCUAACAUAGUACUUGGUCUAAGUACUUCUGUGAAUGAACUUAUUAAAGACUAGAACUUAAUGCUAGUGCCAGAGUCACACUGUAUGUGUACACAUUCGGCUGGCAGUUUAUUGGGUACACCUAGUUAAAACUAACUCUAUGGUUAUUUUGGAGGCUGUAGUUUGAGCUGCUGUUGCUGAACGGUGUUUUUGUUAUUUAACCUAGUCUCAAUGGUAUAAUUGGAGUAGACAACACAAUAGAAACACCUGCUUGGUGAGCUUAAUAAACUGUCAACUCGAUGUGUGAGUGUGAGUGAGUGUGUCUGCAUGCAUAUGUGCAUGUUAAGCCAAAAGAAAAGAGAAUGUGAGAUAGUAUUUAUUUACUGCCAUCAUGUCUGAGUCAUUAUGUCACUGAAAUGAAGAUAGCUAACAUGAGGUUAACCCGAACACAGGUUCACAGUGAUCUGUGCACACAAGAGUAAUGUUUACUUGAUAUGAUAUAUGUAUUAGCACACAGAAGUUACUUUGACUGAGGAAAUUGGAUUUCAA